UUAUGAGUCAAGAAGACCAAAAGCUAUCGUUUGGAAGACCAAGUUAUGAGAAUAGAAGCAUUCCUCGAAUCUCAAGAGACCGUCACCUCCCAGGAAGAGUAAGCGAGCAAGUAUCAUCAAACAAGAAGUUUAGCCAAGGAGGGUCAAACCCUCAAUGGCAUGAUAACUUCACAGAGGACGAUAUUGGUAAUGAAGGCAUCACUGAACUUUUUAACUACCUCUCCGAUUCAGAAUCUGAAGAAGCAAAGCGGUACUCAGUGGGUCUCCAACGGUUACCUUCUGGCGUCAAAAAGCUCGAAGAAGAUGACACUAAGAGUUUGGGAGGUGACACAGGAACAUUUCCCUUUGAAAGAGAAACUGAAAGUGAAGGAGUAGAAGGAAAUAAAGAAAUCAACCUAUCUAAAUUCAAUGCUGAUGAAAAAGAUGGUAUUGUGAUGGUAGAUCAGAAAGAAAGGGAGCCUGACAAAGACGAGGACUUACAGCCUUCCUCCCCUCCUAAGCACCUUUUAAAGGAAGAGCAAAAGCAAAGAGAUCGACUAGAAAACUCAGAAGAUCAAAGGCUCUUAGAAGAAUUUGAGUCAAGGAUCAGAAAGACUGAUUCAGAAGAAAAACGCCCAAAGCCUCCAAAACAACUGGAUGAGCUUGUCAGCGAAGGCGAAGACUCAGAGGAGGAGUUUGAUGAAACUGCUCAUCAGAUCUAUCAGCCUAAACAUGAUGAAUAUGACAAUAUCCUUCGGAAGAAGACAUUUGAUCCUAAUUUACCUCCAAUUUACGAUGAUUCAGACAACGAGAACAAUGAGUACCAUAAAUAUCUAGCUCAGAUCGAAGCUAAAGCAAAGAAAUAUAAACGAAAAGCAAAGAAGCUUUAUUCUAAUUUACAAAAACUCAAAGUUCAUUAUGAGAAGGCCAAGAGGAAUGUUGAUGACCUCAGUAUCGAGAAUAAUGGAUUAAGAGAUCAACUUAUUGCCUAUGAGGAUAGACUAAACUACUUGCACUCAUCCUAUGGAAUACCUGCUCAUGAUGAAUGCUUACUAAACAAACGGCUAGAUUCCUCUAGCUCAGACCCCCUUGUCCAUCAGUUGAUGAAGGAAAUAGAAUUCUUAAAAAGAGAAAAUAAGAGAUUAACCAAUCACUAUCUUGAAAGUAUCGAAAAUACAGAUUAUAGCUCGAGAGACACAGAGAGCAUUGUAAUGGUCGACCAAGCAAGGGAAAUUGAAAGACUCACAAAAGAUUUAGGAAUAAGAGAUUUGGAAUUAAAUAGAAUUUCCAAGGAAAACCAUAUUCAGAAAGUAGAGUUAGAUCACUUGCAGCAGAAAUUAGACCAGACACUUUUCCAAUUGAAAAAUACAAAUCUAGCUCCACUUCACUUUCAGAAUUCUUCGGAUUGAAUUAACCGUUCGUUAAAUGUUGAUAAUUUCCCAUCAAGUCCAGAUUGAAGAGGCCACUUGCUUCCUCCUCACUUGAAGUACUCAAAGAUGGCGUCGAGGAUGACUCAGAGUAGUCCUUCUUUUCAGAACAAUCAGCCAUUGAGGAAUGUUUACAAGAAUAGGCACUAUGACUAACUGU